AUGUCGAACUUUUUCACGAUGCUCCGCCGGAGGAAGGAGCUCAUCCCCCUGAUCGGCCUGAUGGCCACCGCCGCCUCGUUCUGUACCAGCGCCGAUUACUUCCUCGUCACCAAGAGCGAUGUCAUAAUCGAUAAGACGCACAAUCCUACCCCAUGGGAGAACAUAGACCCGAACAAACCUCAGAAGUUCAUGACCGUCAGUCAGAAAUGGAAACCCGUGGAUGAACUGCAGAUGGUGAAAGGUUACACCAAGUGAGGAGUGUGCGAAUCCUGAGCGCGUAGGUGAGCAGACAAAUGCUGAGUCAUUCUGUCCAAUCAUCCCUGAACUCUGCAACUGCUCUCGCUACAGAUUUCAAAAUUCAUCAGGAAAUGACAACUUUCUCUCUCUCAUUGUAACCCUCAGGCCAUCGUGUGGAAGCAUCAAAUAUAUCUAACUCAUUACAUUCUAUUUAACAAAUUGUGUAAAUUAAAAAAUAAACGAAGAUUUUUAUUCUAUUGAAUAACA